UGGACAAGAAAAGAUUCACCUCCAGAUGGCAGUUGUUGUUUUUGGAAUUCGGAGAGUAUACCUAUUCGGAGAGGAUCGAAAGGACCUAGAGCCCAUGAAAAGAGUAGGAUGGGGGUGAGGAUGCCCUUCCACUCUCCCAUAAUUCAAUUCGUCAGUGUCAGUGCACCGUGCAACGGAACAGAAUGUAUACGAAAAUACAGACAUAAGAGAAUUAUUUCAACCGGCGCACAUCACUGAUUCGCUCGUGAUUUUUUAUUGUACAUAGUGUAUUAUUUUUAUUUGUGUCAAUAUUUUAAAGUGAUAUUCAUAAACUAUGACGAUAAUUUUGUGACUUAUUUUUAAAAUCUAACUUGUUGCAGAUAAUUAGUAGCUUAUAUAUUUAUAAAAUGAUAAUUAUUAAUUAUAAUGAUCUACGACAAAGCAGUACUCUUUAUACAAGUGCAGUAGAAAAUGAUUGAAAGCAUUCAAGUGUAUCUAAUAUUCCUACGAAGAUUAUAUUACGAGAUAUAAGGAUACACAUACAUAUAAGAAUACUCAUACACCGAGUGUUAUUUGAUAUUAAGUAUCAUUUUCAUGUUAUAAAAUAAUUAAUCUCAAAAAAAAAAAUAAUUUUUUAUUAUUUGACGAUGAUUACGUGUGAUAAUUGUGAAAAGAUUUUAUUUUUUGACCUAUUCACUAUUUUUCCCGGCUGAAUAGAAGGCGCGAACAGCGCACGAGUAGUGUCACAACAAGUCAAUAAAUACAAAACAAAUACAGAAAGGAAUUAUUUAAAAAAUUCAAUAAGAAAAAGUUAUUUAUAGAUGUCUGUAACCAGUAAUCUUAUUUUUUGCAAAUUUUAAUAUCUCGAUAAUAACAAUAAUAAUAAUAUGUAUGUAUUUAUAUAAAAAGUGUGCGAUAAGAGUGUCAUGAUAAUGUAAAUAAUUUAUUUAUAAAUUGUAAAAUUAAAUUGUGUUACUACGGGUAUUGAUAGAAUUUUGUAAAAUAUUAUUUUAUACCAGUGUUCUACAAUGGUGCUAAAAACAAUAUAUGAAAUUGAGUGAAAAAGUAGAAGAUCCUGUGAGAAAUUGAUUUAAUAAUAGCACUGAAAAAUUCUCACGGUAAUUAACGAUGACAGAUCUAUUGAUUGGAAUUGCAAAUGCAACACCCAACGGGGGUGUUGUUUUUCGAAAUAAAAAUCCAGUAAUUUGUCGUAAUUCAGAAAUGCGACAUUCAAGAAGCGAAGAUAUUUUAGGAGUUGCUGGGCCAGGUGCUCCAACUCGAACUCCAAGUCCUUAUUUUCACGAGCAAUCUUGUGCUUCAGAAGAUGAUUUAGUUGCAUCUAGCGCGUUAAGAGAUGCUUCUUCAUCAUCUGACCUGCUUCAAGAUGCAAUGUAUUCUUAUGGAAGAAGAUCUGCUGCAUCACCACCACCGACAUUUGGUGCGGAUCGAGUUGAUCCUGAAGAUUCUAUCCGAGAUAUUGUUACAGAAAAUGACUUGUACAGAUUUGUACUUUUCAAGAGACACUAUGACAAAUAUAUUGCGUUGGCUGAAAAAUAUGAAGAAUCCCGAGGAGUUGUUUAUUAUCUUGAAGAACGCUACCACGAAGUUAAGGCUGAAAAAGAUAGAUUGGAAGAAGCAUGUCAAGAAUUAGAAAAACGAUUGGAAAACCACGAGUCACAGAUGCGAGAAAAAGAAGAAGAAUUGUUCUUACAUUUGGAACGAAGUUUACGAUUAGAUGAUGAGAUUGAAAGACUCAAGGCUGAACGUGCUUCUUGUAUUGCAGCGCGGGAACGCUUAGAACGUGAACAAACUGCUGCAUUAAGGCAGUUACAGUUGGAAGUAACGCAGAACGAAGCAACGAGAAGAAACCUCGAACAAGCGAGGCAAGACAUCGUCAGACAAGCAACAGUCAUUCGGGCUGAACGCGAUGCUUUAGAACGAGAGAAUAUCGUAUUAAAAGAAAAAUUACGUGUAGAGCAAGUGGAAUUGGGUGAAGAAAGACGUAAAAGAGAAGAAGGAAUUGCUAUACUAACUCAGGAAGCAGUGACACUUAGACACGCUGCUAGACAUUUAAGGGCCGCUGCUUUGCAUGCUACAGCUUGUAAACGAAGAAGAAGAUGCUCCGUAUGUCUUUAUGCCAAGCGUACCUUUUCUGAAGUUGAUGAUUAUCGUAAUGAUAAGAAAUUGUUCAAGUGUCUUCAAACGCCUCUUCAAGACUUAAGAACAUGGUUUCGUCCGGGUCAAUUGUCAUCGUCAUCAUCAUCCCAUCCUACUGAGCUGAGGACUAGUUCACGGGCUAUCAGCUACAUAGAUUCAUCCAGCAGCUCUGAGGAUGAGGAGUUUGGUGACACACCUCUAGCUGAGAUUUCACUGUCUUCCACCAACUCAGGUGUACCACCAGCUUCUCGGGCAUUCUCCUCAGACUCUGGGUAUGUUAUCAAUGCAGUGACCCCACCUGUAAAAUCAUUAAUCACCCCGACGAGCACGCCAAUAGAAGGUGAUUUUUCUUCGUGCAGUUUUUCAUCAGAAAUUGGCGACCGCAGAUCACGCAGAUCAUAUGAAGUUGAUGGUGCCAGUCGUAAAAUCAGUGAAUCAUCUACCAGUGAACCUGAUGCAUUGAUGGGUCAAAGGUCUGGUACUACUUUCACUCGCUCGAAAUGGACUUCAUCAUUCCGUAAACUUCUUGGACGCAAAUCCAAAGCUAAGAUGAUCAAGGACCACUCAACACCAUAAAUUAAUUAAUCAAGAAAGGAAUAUGGUUAAUUUAUAUAUUUUUAUUAUAUAUAUAUUUUUUUCAUUCUCAUUUAAUUAUAACUUUGGUGUAAAACAUUUUACUAGUAAUCCUAUAGACUUAAUUAACAAUUCUUAUAAAAAUCCCACCUAUUAUAUCAAGGUCUUUGAGCUCAAGUUUUACUGCCAAAGCGUGGGACUUUUUAAACUAUGAGAUCGUUGAAAAACAAAAAGAUAAUAAGAAAAUUAAAAUUAUUAAAUGGUUUUAGCUUAUUUCAUUAUUUUGCCGCGAACUUUUACUAGUAAUAUAUGAUAUUACAUUUGUUGAAUAAUUAUCGAAAUUCAGUAUUUCGAAAUAUUUAAAGACUGUUUAUUAUAGCUAGAGUAAUAAUUGUACUUAACACAAAUUUGAUAUCGUUCAAACUUUACAAUAUUAUAAAUUUAGAGAUAUUAAAAAUUACAUAUUAUCACAGUAGAACAAUUAAAUAGCUGCGUGCUAAAUGUGCUGGUUGUAGAUACAGUGUUUUACUAAUUUGAAUUUAAAGAUCAAUCAAUUAUUUAGUUUAAUUUUCAUAAAUUUUUAUGUUAAUUCGCAGUUUCUUGAACGAAAUAAAACCAUUUUUUAUUAAAUUUCUACGUAAAAAAAAUAAUGAAUUAAUUUUUCAAUUGUAUAUCUAUGAACAAUUAGAAAAUGUGCCGCUAACAAUUUAUUUAUAAUUAAUUAUAAUUGUAAAAAAAUCAAUUUCAAACAAAUCAAUUUAAGAAAAAUAAGUCAUUUAUUCCGCAUUACAGAGUGCCAAAAAGUAAUUAGCACAAAUAAUAAUAAUAAUAAUGAUGAUAACAUUAACAACAAUGAACUAUUUUUAGCAAUAUUUAAACUAAUAAUUCACAAACAUCCGUCAAAGCAUUUGGAAUUGUCAUAUAAAAUUUAGUCGAACAUUAUACUUAUCUCUGUCAUCCUCAAUCAUAUAAGAGGAUUAUCCCAGAGCGAUUUUUUUCAAAGUAUAUUGACACUCAUUUUUUUUUUUAUUUAGUUAUUAUAUCAAAAGGAAAUUGAUGAGUCGAUAUCAUUUUAAUGAAAUAUAAUUAUUAUUAUUAAUAAUGUUGUACUACUAUAAUAAAAUUAUUAAGUGUUA